UGGCAAGUAAACUACGGGAAGCAGUUCCUAGAAGGGAAAACUAAAGUGAGAGAAUUGCUUCCAAAAGUUAAAAAGUUGAGUUGAUAAAAGUGCCCAAAUCCUUUUGAACUGUCUUAGCACUUCCUGCAAAUUUGGACCAAGAACUUUGAUCAAGUCAUAUGAUUGAUAAACGUUCUCAUUGAUAUUUAUGGCUGUUAUCCCUGAAUCUGGACCAAAAGUUCCAGAUCUUGCCCAAUUUAAGACAAGCCCCUUUGAAGUUACACUUGCAAGAAAGCCAUCCAGACGCCCUCGCCCCUCGCCCAAUGUGAGAGCACGCCGCCAUCCCUAUCCUUCUAAAAUAGACUUUUUGAGACAAUUGAGUGAUGCGCUGUUUCCAUCCUAUGAGGCUUCUCCGGUUUGACAUUCAAAAAGGGGAUGGAGGAGCGGAACCCCCUGCGCUCCUCGGCGGCGAGCGUCUUUUAAAGCCACCACCAGCCAGCGCCGCUGUAACCCCGCGCACCGGCGGGUCGCUGGCUCCUGCCCUUUCAGAUCUGCGCCGACGCCGCGGCGGAUCCCGGGGACUCCCCGCGCCGGGAAUCUCCCGCCAGCUGCGCGCCGUGUCCCGGCGAAGGCAGGAGCACGUGGAGUGGCGGGGUGGCGAGAGCUGCUGCUCCAGGCCAGCCCGGCGGCGAGAUGGAAGAUAUAAAGCCAAACGUGGAACUGAAAAGCAGUCAGGAGCCGUCUGUGCCCACAGAAGGUCCAGUGAUUUUAAAUGACUACAGUGUAACCAAACCUCAUGAAACAGAAAACGCGGACAGUGCGGAAUGCCCAGCCAAUGAAGACGAAGAUGCAGGAGACGAUUCCAUGAAAGUGAAAGAUGAAUACAGUGAGAGGGAUGAGAACGUUCUGAAACCAGAGCCCAUGGGAAAUGCAGAAGAGCCUGAGAUUCCUUACAGCUAUUCCAGAGAGUAUAAUGAAUACGAAAACAUUAAGUUGGAGAGACAUGUCGUCUCGUACGACAGUAGCAGGCCGACCAGUGGCAAGAUGAACUGCGACGUGUGUGGAUUAUCCUGCAUUAGCUUCAAUGUCUUAAUGGUUCAUAAGCGGAGCCAUACUGGUGAACGCCCAUUCCAGUGUAAUCAGUGCGGGGCAUCUUUUACUCAGAAAGGUAACCUCCUCCGCCACAUUAAACUGCACACAGGGGAAAAACCUUUUAAGUGUCAUCUCUGCAACUACGCAUGCCAGAGAAGGGAUGCACUCACAGGUCAUCUUAGAACACAUUCUGUUGAGAAACCCUAUAAAUGUGAGUUUUGCGGAAGGAGUUACAAGCAGAGAAGUUCCCUGGAGGAGCACAAGGAGCGCUGCCGGACAUUUCUGCAGAGCGCUGACCUGGGUGAGCCCGCAAGUGCGGAGGCAAGACACAUCAAAGCAGAGAUGGGAAGUGAAAGAGCUCUCGUUCUGGACAGAUUAGCAAGCAAUGUGGCAAAACGAAAAAGCUCAAUGCCUCAGAAAUUCAUUGGUGAGAAGCGCCACUGCUUCGACGUCGGCUACAAUCCCAGCUACAUGUACGAGAAGGAGAGUGAGAUGAUGCAGACCCGGAUGAUGGACCAGGCCAUCAAUAACGCCAUCAGCUACCUAGGCGCCGAGGCCCUGCGCCCCUUGGUCCAGACGCCGCCCGCUCCCACCUCGGAGAUGGUUCCAGUCAUCAGCAGCAUGUACCCCAUAGCCCUCACCCGCGCCGAGAUGCCCAAUGGCGCCCCCCAGGACCUGGAGAAGAAAAGCGUCCACCUGCCGGAAAAGGGCCUGCCUUCCGAGAGGGGCCUCUCCCCCAACAACAGUGGCCACGACUCCACGGACACUGACAGCAACCACGAGGAACGCCAGAACCACCUGUACCAGCAAAACCACAUGGUGCCCCCGCGGGCCCGCAAUGGGAUGCCGCUGCUGAAGGAGGUCCCGCGCUCCUACGAACUCCUCAAGCCCCCGCCCAUCUGCCCGCGGGACUCCAUCAAGGUGAUCAACAAAGAAGGGGAGGUGAUGGACGUGUUCCGCUGUGACCACUGUCGCGUCCUCUUCCUGGAUUACGUGAUGUUCACCAUCCACAUGGGCUGCCACGGCUUCCGCGACCCUUUCGAGUGCAACAUGUGCGGGCACCGCAGCCACGACCGGUACGAGUUCUCGUCCCACAUAGCCAGGGGAGAGCACCGGGCCGCGCUGAAGUGACGGAGCGCCUGCCGCUGGAGGAGGUUUGUGCCUGCGCGUUCUUCAACGUCGCGUUU